CUUGAAAAACAAGUCAAGGAGCUAAACGUUCGAAUCGUUGAUUUGGAGACGAAGGCCUAUGCAAAUCUGCCCCAGCCUUCUACAACCGUCCGCCAGCUUGAGGCUCGUAUUGAGGAACUUACUAAACAGCUGAACCAAGCAUCUAGUGAUAAGCGACACUCCACUCCGCUCCGCUCUUCGGAAAAAGCGUUCAGAGAAAUGCAGCUACAACUUUCGGAAUCUGAACGGAAAUGCGCAAUGCUCGAGAGUGAUAGGAAGGCUUCCCAAUCUCAAAUAGAAUCUCUUCGAGAAAAGCUUGACAAGGCACAAUCGCAUGCAAACCUGCUGGAACUUUCGAACAGACGACUUGAACGAGAGGCUAAAGAUGCCAAGCAAUCCACCCUAUCGUAA